AUCGCGAUGACGUAAGCUUUAUGCAGCUUGUUUCAAAGAGGCUUCCGUCUUUUCAGGCUCAGAAGUUAAAAUGUUAUUCUCGAGGUGAGAACGAAACCGUGACUAUGGCAGAAGAAAAGAAAAAAGAUGGCACAGCGUUGUUGGCGAAAAAGAAAAAGGUGAAGCCUCGUAAGUCUCGCGACGCGGACUGUUGCAGCGUGAAUUUCCUGAAAUGCGUUCUUCAUAUAUUCAACGUGGUGUUUCUGUUUGCAGGAGCCGGUGUACUAGGCGUCGGCGUGUGGAACGUCACAUACCGGCAUCAUUACGUGUCGUUGCUGCCGACGAUCACGUAUCCGGCAAUUGGAUAUUUGCUGGUCAUAGCGGGGUCAUUCGGCCUGCCGUUUGCAGCGCUCGGUUGCUGCGGGCUGAAGACCGAGAACCGAACGAGCCUGCUCUGUUACACAUAUUUCCUGCUGAUUACGUUCAUACUAGAAGCCGGUGCUGGCGGCCUAGCGUACUAUUACGAAGAGGCUAUAGAAGAAGAACUUCGCGCCGGCUUGAAUAGCACGUUCACUACGAACUACGCGCUCGAUACAGCUGUCACUGACGCUGUUGACAGUAUGCAGACCGAGUUCAAAUGCUGCGGCGCAAUACGAUACGAAGACUGGAGGAAGAGUCGGUGGCACGAGCACGACCCGCGGCUGCUGGUGCCGGACUCGUGCUGCAAGACCCGCACCCAGCGCUGCGGGACCAGGGAUCAUCCCUCCAAUAUUUAUUAUACGGGCUGCAUUCACCACUUCACGAAUCACAUACGAGACCAGCUAAUAAUAUUAGCGGCCGUCGGAGUCGGGAUGUCGGUUAUACCCAUAUUCGGGUUUUUGUUUUCGUGCGUUCUUUACGUGAAAAUAAAGCACGUGAUCGACUGACCUCGGCCUAAGGGCUCGUCCGCGAGUCGCAAGGUGUUCGAUAAGGGCGCGUCCACACCGGACCCGUCGAAGCCGGCGCGGCGCACGUCGCAGCGCGCCAGCCGCAGCGUCCGGCGUGCGCCCUGCCCCUUACACCCGAACGACGCGCCGCCCAUAGCCACCAUCAGCGACAACCUUAGCGUUUAAUCUUCGCACUCUCUUCAUAAACAUUUUUUUUUUAAAUAUAAAUAAAUAUUUACCAACAAUCACGCCACGUUAACUGGUCCCGUGCCAAGUUCGUAAAGAGCUUGUGUUACAGGUACCUACCAGAUAACGGAAAUAAAUGUAAGAUUUUUAUUAUACACAUACAUGUAUUUUAAUAUACGUCCAUAACCCUGAAAAAGACAUUUUAUAUUUAUCAUACAAAUAUCUUUCCUUGGCGGGAUUCGAACCCGCGACCCACUUGUGAAAUGACCAUGUCACUUACCACUACACCCGACGGCCGACGAAUGUCAAACGUAUAUUGCUGAACAUUGUUUUGGUUUUCUUCUAAAAAAGCCCAUAAUAUCCUAAAAUAGUGCAAUACCUCGCGUGAUAACGUGAAUAAUAACUAUACUUGAGAGCUUAGAACUUAUAUCUCAAGGUGGGUGCCGCAUUUACGUUGUAGAUGUCUAUGGGCUCCAGUAACCACUUAACACCAGUUGGGCUGUGAGCUCGUCCAUCAAUCUAAGUAAUAAAAUAAAAUACAACACUGCAACUUGGCGAUUGUACUUAAGUUUCAUUAUUUGUGAAUUGCCGCUCCGUUGCUUAGUUUUCGCUAAAAAUGUCUUAAUUUUGUCCAAAACAACAAUGAAAAGUUUUUCGACUGGAUCGGUGACAGUUUAUUAACCAAAACCAAUUAAAUUCGUUAUAUAAUUACUCCACGGUCUCCUUCAAACACAUGUCUCAAAAAUUAUAUUUGAUUUGCGUAUUGUUUUAAAUGUAUUAUUAGAUAGAAUACCUUUCAGCCAGACUGCCGCCACUCAAUAAGUAGGCUCAUCUACGCGACUACAGCUUUUUAGCGCCUAUACGAAAUUCGUAUAAACGCACAAUGUCAAGCAAAAUUGACUAGAGGAAGCCCCUUGCAUCACAGAUAACCCGGCGUUUCGCGUGUCAGGUAAUUUUCAAUGGCUAACCUCGUGCAAUUCAAAAUUCGCCAAUAAAAUAUUACUUACCUACAGUUUUUGUUUAUUGCUUUCUAUACCGUGAAUUAACACAACCACCAGUCUUCAUUUUGGGGAAAAAUUACAAAUAAUCUAUGCAUACUAAGUAAUAAUUAGCCUUGAAAUUAGCUAAUAUUUGCAUCAUAAUCUGUAUCUGCUACCGCGUGACGUCACGCAUUUAUAAUUUUUUUUAAUGGCCUAACGGAAUGCCGUUGACCUCGGUGUGAAUAAAUAAAAAUAUUAUACAAUGUUCGUUUUAGUUUAGCUUUUCUUUGUUACAUAUUCACUAAUUAAACUUAUUAUUUAUUUUCGUUGAAAAUCGUGAUUUUAUUAAAUUUUAAAGCACCUUAAAAUAUAAUAUGUUCACUUUUCAAAAUUAUAGACUGUAAUUUUAGGUAUAUGAAAUUAAUUGAAUUGAAUGUUUGUAAACAUUGAAAUACCGAAUUUAUAUCGUGUAUUUAAAUCGUAAUUUGUAUAUUUUAGACUGCACUAGGAACGCUCUAUGUAAAUAUUUAACGAUAAAGAUUAAAAUUAGGCAUAUUUCGUCGAAAGCUGUGAACCAAUAUUCAGUUAAACAUUUUUUUAAAACAAAGUCCAUUAAGUCUAUGUUUUAUGUUGCAUAGAUGGGUGAACGACCUCACAGCUCAACUCGUGUAAAAUUUUUAACGGAGCCCAUACCUAUCACAGCAUAAAGGUCCUUGUAAAUUCCCGCAUUUGACUGAAAGGUUCACAGAAGGUUAACGCUUAAUAAAAAAAAUUAAAUCUAACGCCGGCAUUCCUAGCAGCAUACCGUAAUAAAAAGCAUUUGAAAAGAAUUGAAACUCAAUCGGAUUUUAAACCCGACUGACAGUUCCUACUGACUUAACAAAACGUUUGCUGCAGUAAAAAAUAAAGAAAGCUAAAGCCAAAAGACAUAAUGUGCCUAAUUAUUUUCAUGCAGUCAAUAUAAUCUACAAAUGUUAAAGUACAUUUUUGUAUUGUUUGUGAAAUGGUGCUAAGAUUAAUUUAUUGUAGCUAUCAUCGUUCAGCAAUCAUCGAAAUUUAUUAAUAAAUAUUUUAGUAAGCAUAAUAUUAUUAUGUGUAAGCAUUUGUGUAAUGCAAACGGCAAAGAUUUUCAAAUGUUAGUCGAUAAUCGACCUUAUACAAAGAAAAAUUAUGCUCAAAUCAUUAUGAGCUUAUUUGUGAACAGAUAUUAAGAAAUGAAGACUUAGUAAAUAAUAUUCCAUAACAAUUCGAAGUAGAUACAUUAUCUUCCCAGGCUUAACCUCUAAAAGCAAACCUAAAUUAAUGUAAACACACCUACUUUGCAUGGUACCAAAAAAUCGGUUUUAGAUAUUUUAUUGAAUGACAUGCUUCGUCACUAGUUAGUAAAAUAAAGUAAAAUCUUCGAAAUGCGUUCUUUAAGAAAUUUUUUUUUUCACAGUUUAGAAUUAAGUCGAAAAUGUACGUGUACAAAGGUGCACGCACUGGCCUGUAUUUCUGAUAUUAAAAUUGAGGGUUUAUUAAACCUUUGAUUGCCAUGUGGGUCACAGGUGCCCUACGCGGUGCCGCAAUAUCAGGUAGACUCUGGGUCAGACGUAUCCGAAGACUGAGAUGAAUAUAUUUCUAGGAGACCUAAAAGACUAAAACAUACAUUAAAAACAAAAGACGGCAAAGUUAGGCAAUCCAGGCGCUUAGUAACAAAAAUGGAUAUAAUUACUUCAAUGGGCUACGUAGGACACUGGGGACCUACAUGGGUCAAAGGGUUAAUUAUUGUUCGCAUUGUUCGUUACACUCUGAAAAAAGAUGAUACAAAAUACUAAAUUAGAUCAGUAGUUAAUUUUUUUCGAUAAAUGUACUUAUGGCCAACGAAAAAAUACAUAGAUGAAAUAAAAAGCUAUUGAAUACAAAUAAAGUUACAUUGAGUAAAACUAACACGUUCUAUAUUGGUUGAUUAUACUUUUAAUGUUAUCCGAAAUACGUGAAGAAUCUCGUUAAAAACACAUACCUUAUAAUAGAUCUUAUUUACUUGUAAAAUAAAAUAGUAUAAUUGUUAUUAACAUAAAAAUCUGUGUAACCAAAUAAUUUUACGAUUAAAUAUGUGCCUUACUAUGUAUAAGAUGUUAGAUGUUCACUAGGUAACUGGUUUAGAUAUGUGUGCAGUAAUGUAAAAAUAGAAAAUCUUAUGUUUCCGACUAAUGACGCAUGCCUCAAUGUAUUUUGUGUUUAAAAAGGGGGGAAUUUAAUGGUUUUGAUAUUUCUGCCGCAAAGCUGCAAUGCAAGCCGGUUUGAAACAUGGAACAACCUUUACAUAAUACGUUACGUUUAAAAAUUUCCGAGUAAUGACGCAUGCCUCAAUGUAUUUUGUGUUUAAAAAAGGGGGAAUUUAAUCUUUUUGAUAUUUCUGGCGCGAAGCUGCAAUGCAAGCCGGUUUGAAACAUGGGAUAGCCUUUAAACGUUUAGAUGAGGAUUAUGUUUCGAGGUCGAUCUAUGACGAUUGACGGCAGUCACGAUGUGAUAUCUAUGGGCACCCGUAACCGCUAAAUUACUAUUUGGUUACAGGAAUACAUUUUUUGGUGUAGUUCGUUUCGCGACCUUUGAAAAUAUAUAUAUAUUUACUGAAGUAACAAAAACCCAUGCCGUAAAUUAAUAUACGGCUUUGAGAGAUCUUUCUAAAUUUAUGAAUAUCAGCCCGUGAUAUUGAGUAGUACUUAUUCGUUUUGAAUGGAAAAGCAUAUAUUUAAAUGAUGUUAUGUCAAUAAAAAUAAAUUAUUUGGAAACAAAAUCAACCUAUUAUUAAAUUUAAAGUUGACCUCAAAUCAGAAAUCUCCAAACGCUUGAAGAAUGCUAAGGUUGGCUGGUACUUUGCACAGAGAGUGAGUCUGGCUGUCGACGGCUGGCAACGAACUCACGCAGCCAGUAUCUUGGGAACUGUGCCUUCUUCAAGCGAUUAGAAGAUUUGCUCUACUGUAUGAAUUGAUUUAUGUUAAAUUAUUUUGAUUUGUCAAUUAAUAAUAAAGAUUAAUAUAUACCUCAAAAAACAUACCAGAAAAGCUUAUAAAUACCAACUUUUAUUUCUUUCAAGCUACACGCACAUAUUGUGGUGAAUAGUCAAAAUCAAAAAUAAUAUAUAAGGAAGAAAACACCAAAGUUAAUACUACAGCAAAAUAAAUCACCGUUUGUAUGUUAAACUAUAAAUGUUCUUGUUAUAUAAUACAAACUAACUAAA